UGACAGAAGUUGAGUACUGUGUAAUUUUGCUGUGCCAUAUAAUCCAUCAAACUAAUAUUGCGAGCAGUCUACACAAGUGGCGGGGACUCGUACAAUUGCUUUUGUAUAAUCAAACAGAGUUAUUAGAGGGAACUUCUUUUUUACACUUGCUGAAGCGGCGAAGCGGAUCCGUGUCGUCUUCUCAACCGGGAGUCGGGCAGGGAAGAGCCGGCUGGGCCGAAGUGCCACGAUGGGGAACCGGGGAAUGGAGGACCUCAUCCCCCUCAUCAACAAACUGCAAGACGCCUUCUCUUCCAUCGGCCAGAGCUGCAACCUUGACCUGCCGCAGAUAGCGGUCGUCGGCGGCCAAAGCGCGGGGAAGAGCUCAGUCUUGGAGAAUUUCGUUGGAAGGGACUUCUUACCCCGAGGGUCUGGCAUCGUCACCCGUCGUCCUCUAAUUCUCCAGCUGGUUAACAAUAAAGCAGAAUAUGCUGAGUUUCUGCACUGUAAGGGGCGCAAGUUUGUGGACUUUGAUGAGGUCCGUCUCGAGAUUGAAGCGGAAACAGAUCGCAUCACUGGAUCCAACAAGGGCAUCUCCCCUAUUCCCAUCAACCUCCGUGUCUACUCUCCCAAUGUGCUGAACCUGACCCUGAUUGACCUGCCUGGGAUGACCAAGGUGGCCGUCGGGGACCAGCCAGUAGAUAUUGAGCACCAAAUCAGAGACAUGUUGCUGCAGUUUAUCACCAAGGAGAGCUGUUUGAUCCUGGCCGUUACCCCUGCCAACAUGGACCUGGCCAACUCGGAUGCCCUCAAGAUCGCUAAGGAGGUAGACCCACUGGGUUUACGGACCAUUGGUGUGAUUACCAAGCUGGAUCUGAUGGAUGAAGGGACAGAUGCACGAGAUAUCCUAGAAAACAAACUUCUUCCACUCCGCAGGGGCUAUAUCGGGGUGGUGAACCGCAGUCAGAAGGACAUUGACGGGAGGAAAGACAUCGGUGCUGCCCUGGCUGCAGAGAGGAAGUUCUUCCUGUCUCACCCUGCCUACAGACACAUGGCUGAACGCAUGGGUACACCACACCUGCAGAAGACGCUCAAUCAACAACUUACCAACCACAUCCGUGACACAUUACCGGGACUACGCAGUAAGCUUCAAAGCCAGCUCCUUUCACUGGAGAAGGAGGUUGAUGAAUACAAGAACUUCCGCCCUGAUGACCCCACUCGAAAGACGAAGGCCCUGCUUCAGAUGGUGCAGCAGUUUGGUGUGGACUUUGAGAAGUGUAUCGAGGGAUCUGGAGACCAGGUGGACACUUCCAACUUGUCUGGUGGAGCCAAGAUCAACCGUAUUUUUCAUGAGCGUUUCCCCUUUGAGCUUGUCAAGAUGGAAUUUGAUGAGAAGGAGCUGAGGAAAGAGAUCAGUUAUGCCAUCAAGAAUAUCCAUGGAGUCAGGACAGGCCUGUUCACCCCAGACUUGGCGUUUGAGGCCAUAGUGAAAAAGCAGAUCAUUAAGCUGAAAGAGCCCUGUCUGAAAUGCAUCGACAUGGUCAUCCAAGAGCUCAUCAACACAGUCAGACAGUGCACCAAUAAGCUGAGCUCAUACCCUCGACUGAGAGAGGAGACAGAGAGAAUCGUCACCACCUAUGUCAGAGAGAGAGACAGUAAGACCAAAGACCAGGUGCUAUUGCUGAUUGACAUUGAGCUCUCAUACAUCAAUACCAACCAUGAGGACUUCAUAGGUUUUGCCAAUGCUCAGCAAAGGACCGCAGCUAAUGCUACCAAGAAGAGGGUAAUGCCCAAUCAGGUGAUUCGCCGGGGUUGGCUAACUAUUAACAUUAGCAUCAUGAAAGGAGGUUCCAAGGAUUACUGGUUUGUUCUGACUGCCGAGUCUCUUUCCUGGUACAAGGAUGAAGAGGAAAAGGAGAAGAAAUACAUGCUGCCUCUAGACAACCUGAAGCUGAGAGAUGUGGAAAAAGGCUUUAUGUCCAGCAAGCAUGUCUUUGCCAUUUUUAACACUGAACAGAGGAAUGUGUAUAAAGAUCUACGACAGAUAGAGCUGGCCUGUGACACUCAGGAGGAUGUAGACAGCUGGAAGGCUUCCUUCCUAAGAGCUGGUGUGUACCCUGAGAAAGACCAGGCAGACAAUGAUGAGUUAAUAAAUAGUGGAGACAGUGUGUCCAUGGACCCCCAGCUGGAACGUCAAGUGGAAACCAUCCGCAACUUGGUAGACUCCUACAUUGGCAUCGUCAACAAGUCAAUCAGAGACCUUAUGCCCAAGACCAUCAUGCAUCUCAUGAUAAACAGUGCUAAGGACUUCAUCCAUUCAGAGCUGCUGGCCUAUCUGUAUUCUGCUGGGAAUCAGGACAGUCUGAUGGAGGAGUCGGCUGAGCAGGCCCAGAGGAGAGAUGAGAUGCUGAGAAUGUAUCACUCACUGAAGGAGGCCCUGGUCAUUAUCGGGGAUAUCAGCACUACCACAGUCUCUGACCCCGUUCCUCCACCAGUAGAUGACAGCUGGCUGGUUAAGGAUACCAGUCUUCCCUCAGCGUCCCGCCCUGCCUCAGCUGCAGCACCACCACCCAACCGGCCCCCAGCAGUGAGGGGGCCCACCCCAGGUCCUCCUCCGCCUCUCAACCCCUCUCCAGCAUUGGCAGGGCCCCCGGUCCCUUCUCGACCUGGUGCUCCACCUGUCCAGCCAGCUCACUCGGCAGAUCCGAACUCUGGUGCUGCUCCUCCUCUCAUCCCUUCCAGACCAGCUCGAGUGCCCCCUGGCAUCCCCAGCAGAAGACCACCGGCAGCUCCCAAUCGACCCACUAUCAUACGUCCUUCAGAACCCUCCCUUCUUGACUAGAUGCACAUAUUAAUAUACAGACACACUGAUACAUACAAACACAUUUCAUUUUUCUGUUUAUGCAGACUUUGUUUACAAUUUGCUUGCGUUCUUUAUUUCUGAUGCGGAGUCAAGAUUUUUUAUAUAUUUCACUUAUGUUAUUACUUUAUAAUCAUUAUACCAUAUUUCCUGGACUACAAGUUGUACUGGCAUAUAAGUCGCACUCAGCAAAAAAACGUGUUGUUGCAAGGGAGGGGGGGGGACAAAUUACUUCGGCGUAUAAGUCGCAUUUAUGUAUGGUGACAGUAUUUUCAAUUGAGUCACAAGAUUAAACAUUACCAUCUAGUGGCCUUAGUUGAAAUGCAGCGUAUUCGUCUGACAAAAUCACAUUGUAUGUGUCGCUCUGGAAUAUAAAUUGCAGGACCAGCCAGACCCGAAAAGAAACAGCAUCUUAUAGUCCGGGAAAUAUGGUAAUUGGUCAUAUGAAGCUGUUGUAGUUCCGUGCAUUUCAGAAGGCCUAUGUAUGUAAUUUUGAUUAUGUGUUUAUGGUCACUUUUUGAAAAUUCCUAACAAGAAGUUGUGAAAAGGGAGUGAAUGAUGACUUAAAUUACUUUCUAGUUAUAAACCAGAUUAUCUUGAAUUUAUCUGAUAUUGUCUGACUUAUUUUGAAUAGUGAAUCGUGUCUGGAAACAUUAAAUGAUUUACAACCUUUAUAAGUAAUGGUCAUAUUGCACAGAAAAUAAAAUCACACUCCUUUUUAAAGCUAUUUUUGCGUUCAAAUGAACACUUGGUAACUUUUUGUCAGUUUCAAAAUCUUUCCACACUAAACACCUCAAUAUGAUUAUGCCGUAGUUUAUUGUAAAGAUUUUUUUUUCAUUGUUUGGCACUGCAGCCAUAUUGUGAGCUUGCUAACAUUAAAUUUAACCCUGCACUGUUAGCAUUGAAAUUCAUAUUCCUUAAGGCUGUGACUUAUUAGUUUGGUCAUCAACGUUUUCAAGUACAGUUGCAAUUUGUGGCUUCCAGUCAGCCUUGUCUCUUGUGAUUUCAUGGACCAGUUUUAUAUGAGGAGGAAGGCCGAAGGAUCCAUUGCAUCAGUGAGCAAGUCUCAUUGAGUGUUUCUGUCAUACACGUGUUUGGGGGGGGGGGACUUUCUCCACCCCUACUUUAGACACACCUUGACCCACCUGCCUUCCCCCACCACUUACUUACCUAUGCAAUGAAUUCUUGUUCUUUUGUAAAAUUCCUUAAAAAUGCACUUAAGUGCCUCCUACAUGAAAGGUUAUCAUAGAUUAUCUCAUCUCUGCUGUAAAAGUGAUAAUGAAACAUUUGAAGAAAUACUCACAUAAUAAACAGAUGAAUUAUUGAGGGAUUGGUUUAGGCUUAAAGGAAGUGUAUAAAAUAGCUGACUAAAUAAAGGGUAGAACA